CUUCCAAGUUCCAAAUACUUGAAUAAAAACCGUCUGCAGCAUCUUCCUCGACUAACCAUGUCAUAAUGUGCCCUCAUCCCCAAUCCCCCAUUAUCCAAUCUGUUGAAAUAUCGAUCCAAAAUCUCAUAAGAAGCUGCAAUAGGAGGCAAAAAUGGCACCACUUCUUCAAUCCCAACCUCCUUGUUCAAGACUCCUGUAGCAGAGCAUCGUGGAGAACAAAUUUGGCCAAUUUCUUAGAAUCAACACCAAUCCACAUUGCUGCAAUAUCUCUGCUUCUUCUUGACCUCACCCUCACAGUUCUCCAACUAUCUUCAUCUCUACAUUCGUGUACGCCUGGGACGACAGCAAACAACACAGAAAGGGUUUGGUACCAUUGGACAGGAAUUUCCAUCUUAAGCCUGCUUUGUGCCAAGACGGUGGCCCUGGUACUGGGAUUAGGCACUGCUUUCUUCAGGCGGCCAGUCUAUGCUGUAGAUGGUGCAGUUGUUGUUAUAGCAUUGCUUUUAGAAGUAUUUCUGGAAAGCAGAGGAGGAGGUUUGGUUGUUGCUAUGAGCUUGUGGCGGGUAGUGAGGGUGGUGGAAAGUGCAUUUGAGUUGAGUGAUGAAGCCAUUGAAGCACAGAUACAAGAAAUAGGAUGCCAAUUUGAGGCACUGCGUAAUGAGAACACAAAACUGAGGGAGAUCAUUACAGAGAAGGAUAAGAUAAUAGGGAUGCUCCAACAACAACUUGAUCAAAUAUCAGUCUCCAUAAAAUUUGAGACAUAAAACCUGUUUUCUGACAAAUUUAGGAUUCAACCUAAAGGAAUUGGUUGAUGUCCUCAUACUCGUUUUCCUUCCCAUUUGUCUUUUCAUCCAGCAUCAAUGAAGUGCAAACAUCAAC